AUGGACGUUUCUCAGAGCAGUGAUCUUUCGCUACCAAAGGAGCAGACACAUAAAUCACCCAAGCAAGUAGCAAAAGACUUGCAAGACCUUUUUGCCAGUACGGAAUCUAGGGCUCAAUUGGUUAAAGUGUUCCAGGCUCAGAUAAAACUGUAUUGCAUUGGAUCGAAUGAAGUUACAUCCACAGCGGAGAACCUAAAAAUGUCCAUGAUGAAGUGCACGUUGGGGGGAAAAUGGAAUUAUCUCAGUGGUACCUUUUUUAUGUGUGCCAUGGAAAACGAUACGGACAUAAUUUGGCUUUAUCCUGUAAUACCGAAUUCAACCAAGUUCUAUUGCACCGAUUUCGGAGCUUUAAUUUUUCCUGAUUUGGAAUCUGAAGCUUCUGACAAUGCCUUUGGCAUUAUUAUAGUUGGCCCUACAAUAGCUGACCAAGCGCAAGAAGAAGAAAAGAGGGACGAUUCGGCUGGCAUAGACUAUCAAAAUUUGACUAUGGAUGGAGCGGAAGACAUUGCUUCCACACUGGUUAAGGGAGCAGAGAAAGCUGAUAGCCUUUUAACUAAAUGUACAUCAUACAUUACAUCGAAAAUGGAUCCACCUAAAGCUCCGACCCAAGUUCCGCCAUCCGUUAGAGCUACCGUUGAGGUAGCUCAAAAUGUGACCUAUGCUGCUGCUGACCUAACUGAAAGGAUUGCUGAAAAAGUGGGCUCUGCCUCUCAGGAAAUGGGACGUGUCUUGGCUAUCCAUUUACAGAAGCAAGGAUCAAUUUUGGUGAAGAAGGCUGCGACAGCAACGAAGCGAAUAACAAAGUGGAAGGAGCCAUUGCUACAGCCGCGGAUGCUGUGGAGGGUUUAUCCAUAG